AUGUCCUCCUUACCAGCUCUGGCGAAAACUCUUGAGGCCAACAUCGAGGUGCUCGUGCAGGAGCUGGCGAGGGUCAACCUUGACAGGUAUACAUUCGAAGACGAGGAUGCUCCGCUUGAAUUACCUCUGUCCAGUGCGCAGGGAUACCAUGCAAAAGCUGAGGUGAUUGAGGCGGCGGAGAAGAUUCUCCGCCUGGCCCGCGGACCGUUAGGGCAUCUACAAACCUAUGCAACCACAGGCCUGGAAGUCGGCACCAUUGGGACCCUGAUCAAGCUCAGAAUUCCCUCCAUGAUCCCGUUGGGGACAUCCAAAUCUUGUCGCGAGUUGGCGUCCGAGGCGAACGUAUCCGUGCAGUUACUGUCACGGAUGAUUGCCCUGGCGUCGACAUGUGGAUUUCUCGCUGUUGGUGCCAAUGGUGACGUGAGACAUAAUUCUAUGUCCUCGAUCUUUGUCCGAGACCAGCAAGCAGCCGGGGGGGCAAGCUGGACGCUGGAGAUGUAUUCCCGGGUCGCCCCGAACAUGUACGAGUCCCUCCAACUGAAUCCCAAGGGCGACGAUCCUGCCGCCUGCGCGGUCGGUCUCGCAUAUCGAGAUGUCGAGGACAAGGGUCGCCUCAAGACAUUGUGGGACGUUCACGCGCAGUCCCCGACGCUGGACCAUCAGUUUCAUGAACUCAUGGCGGCCAGCUGCGCCUCCCCGAUGGAGUCGGUCCACCACGUGGUUAAUGGAUUCGACUGGAAAUGUAUCAAUUCCCUUGUCGAUGUUGGCGGCUCGAUCGGGCAUACCUGCUUCGCCCUCACGGCUCAGUACCCCCAUCUGCAGUGCACCGUUCAGGACCUCGCCACAGCCAUCAGCGACGCCUCCCCGACCGCGAAUGUAAGGUUCAUGGCGCACGACUUUUUCAAGCCCCAAACCGUCACCGCCGAUGCUUACUUGUACCGCUUCAUCCUCCACGACUGGUCCGACGAAGACUGUAAGCGUGUCUUGUCCGCCGCGGUGGCGGGCCUACCCCGGGGAUCGCGGUUGAUUAUCAUGGAUAUGGUGCUCCCCGAGAAAGGCACCCGGUCCUGGCUGAUGGACAAGUAUAUUCGGACGCUGGACAUCGCCAUGUAUGCCCUCCUCGCAGGGAGGGAGCGGUCAUUGGAGGAGUUUCGGUCUCUGGUGGCGGCGGUGGCGCCGGAGCUGCAGUUCGAGAGCUCCCAUUGUCCAGUUGGUAGUGCUUUGAGCAUUUUAGUUUGGAGGAAUUAA